AUGACGGAGGAGGACGCCCCUCCAGGGUUCAACUUCCCGACGAAGACGAACAAAUCGAAACUCUUUGCAAUCCUGGGCGUUUCCUCGACGGCCACUCGAUCUGAAAUCAAAUUCGCGUUUCGAGAGAAGGCGAAAAAGUUACACCCGGACGUCGUUUCCCGCGCAAAAGACGACGACGGGGAGAAUUCAAAAUCCGACGACGAAGAACAAAACGCGAAGUUUCUGGAGCUGAAAAACGCGUACGAACAACUCACCAAUCGAGGAUCAGACGACGACGACGACGAAGCGGGUAAGGGACCGAUAUUCGGUCCAGGAAUGCGCGCUCGAAUGAACGCGGCGAAAAAAAUGAGAGAGAAGCACGGGCAAACCGGUGGGAGAAUGCGAGCGGCGAGAGAGUGGAACGAGGACGAAAACGACCCGCAAACGAACAACGAAAAUACUCAAAGGACGACGACGAAGCGAGAGGACGAGGAGAGAAGAAAAGAGAGUUUAAACGACGGAGGAGUGGAGGACGAGUUAUCCGCGGCGGAGAUUUUGUUUCGAGCGAGGCAGAAGAGAGGGGUAGGUUCAUCGUCGUCGACAUUUAAAGGUGGUCUUGGAGGACAUCGACAACGACAUCCGAAAUCGAGCGGACUCGGUGUGAAUGUAAGCGGGAGCAGUGGAAGGUCGAAUGUAGCGGCGAACAUGACACCACCUCAUAAUGGGUUUGAGAGAAGUGGUAAUGGAAACGUUCGCGUGAAAGUGUUGGCGGCGAUUGCAGUCGUCGGGGCGGUUUUCUUAGCCGCGAAUCGGAAGGCGAAACGGAGAGGAGAGGAGAACGCUUCGUGA